UUACCAAAUCUUCAAAUAAAACUGAAAGUACUUACCAGUAUCUACAUACAUACACCCCGUAGUUUAUGACCAGCUUAGAACGUGGAACGAUAUAUACCCAAGUCGGUAACUUUUGAAAAUCCUCUCCAUACGAAUACGAUUACAAGUUUUUGGAGUACAUAUGGCUCAAUAUGGUCCGAGACUGAUAGUACCCAUAGAUGUGAAGAAGAAGCCAAGGGGACAGAAGGUUCCACUUCACAACAGGUGGCACCCGGACAUACCGCCGGUGGCAGAGGCGGUGACGGGAAAGGUUUUCAGGGUUGAGAUGAUGGAUUUUAGCGGCGGCAGUAUUACCAAGGACUACACCGCCGAUGACAUCAAGAAUGCUCAUCCUUUUCUUGCUCAUUAUCUUAGUGGACCAAUAAGAAUAGUGGACAAGGAUGGGAUUGCAGCUAAGCCAAGAGAUACUGGACAGUGAGAGGCCCAUUAUCAAAAUAGUGAAUCCCUUCAAAAUCCCAUUUCUUUUUCGGAAUCGAAUCGAUUGUCUGCACCACUUUUUCUA